UGCCUCAAUGCGCCGGGCGCUGAUCGCGUCAUGGUCGUGCUCAAGACUGGCGCAUCAGAAAUCUAUGAGAAACUGCCAACCCACCUGAUCACUCUGUUCCGAUGCACUCGGCACUACCUCAUCUUCUCCGACAUGCCGCAGACUUACGCCGAUUAUGAGAUCCACGAUGCUCUGGCUACUGUCCACGACAAGUACAAGAACGAACACGAAGACUUUGAGGUCUACCGCAAGCUUCAGAAAUACCACCGCGAAAACCAGAAUGUGGCCAAGUUGAAGGGCGACAAGGGGUGGAACCUCGAUAAGUGGAAGUUCCUUCCCAUGAUGCAUGAAUCCUGGCGACUGGCUUCUUCGGACGUCGACUGGUUUGUCUACAUUGAAGCCGAUACAAGUCUGAGCUGGACAAACCUGCUACAAUUUCUCGGACGAAUGGAUCCAAAGAAACCGCUGUACCUUGGUGCGCAGAAUGUCGUCGGUCCGACCACUUUCGCUCAUGGAGGUUCUGGAUUCAUCGUUUCGCGCGCCGCGGCCAAGAGGAUUGCGGAUCUCAGAAAGAAGAAGGGUCCGGAAAAAUAUGACGAACGGUGGGAGCUGUCGACAAGCCAAUCCUGCUGCGGUGACGAGGUCCUUGCGCGUGCAUUGAUCGAAGUCGACGUUGAUCUGACACCUUCCUGGCCCCGUAUCCAAGGCGAGACGGUUGACACACUGGACUGGACCGAGAAACACUGGUGUACCCCUGCCAUAACCUGGCACCACGUCAAUCCCGCGCAAGUAGACAGCAUGUGGCGCUUCCAGAACAAAUGGGUUAAGGAGAAUGGUUGGUCUACACCAUACCUCUACCGCGACGUCUACGAUGGGUUUGUUGCUAGGCAUGUUUCUGUCAACCGAACCAGCUGGAACAACCUUUCCAAGGACAAAGAGUUUAAAUUGUCGGACGUUGAAAAGAACUCGAUCAAGAGCUUCGACAACUGUGCUGAAGCCUGUCUCGCCUGGAACAAUUGCUUGCAGUGGAUGCACGAAGACGGAGUCUGCAAGUUGGGCAAAGAUAUCAGGUUGGGA